ACCCCAUUGAAAUACUCACAGGAGCACUUUGAUAUCAUGCAUUAUCUUAUCUGAUUUGAAACAACCCCACUUUUUUGCUUCCUCCUGCGAGAUGCGACAUGCAAGACAAGAAGAAAGGAAAUGCCCUGAAACAGACCGCUGCUUUAGUUCUCUAUGACCCCAAGUUUCUCCUUCACCCACAUAGGGCGGAUGUGGGUGUCUUCAAAAAUGGUGCUUAUGUUUGCUGUUGUGCCACUAUAUAAAAAUGAGACUUCGCGACCACUUGGUGCAUUCAUUCAUCAAAUCAAUCGGACUUCUCUACAUUUAUUUCAAGUAAUAUUUCACUAAAAUGGUAAGGGAAAUGCACAGUGUAUAUAUGUAUUUUUAAAUAAUAAUUGUUGUUUGAUUCUCUAGACAUCAAUAUGGAUACUCAAUUUUCUGUUAAUCAGCCUCAUGGGAGCAAAUGGACUCGACACAUUCCCAGUGAGAUUUGUACUGGCAACUAUAAACGAAGACAUCUCUUUACCGUGCGGCACAACAUCCAAGGGAGAUGAAGUGACAUGGAAGUUCAAAGAUGAGGAGAUGAAAGAUUUGGACAAGAAUAAUCACAACCUACUGGUGGAUGGUGUAGGCGACCCCAGUCUGGGAGAGUACACUUGCUGGCGAGGGGGUGAAAGUGCGUCUACUCAUCUCCUGCUGAUAGCUGAAAAGAAACUCGAUUCUUUUCUCUCCUGUCGCGCAAAGUCCUAUAACUGCAAAUUUAGUUGCACAUGGAACAAUAGUAACUACCAUCUUGUACGGCUUGGACUGGGCCCACAUUGUCGCAAAGGAAACAACUCUUGCAACUGGUUCAAUGGCACUGUUGACAAACAAGAUGGGAGCCUCCACUUUGAGCUGUUCCACUCGCUCUCACCUUAUGCAGAGGAGAGCAACAUGCUGGAACUCACAGCCGAGGCCACCGAUGGCUAUUACUUCUCCAAGAGCACCAUGAGAUUUUAUCUUCGAGAUAUCAUUCAACCAGACAGCCCACAGAUCAUCCAAUGGCAAGAGCUGGCCCACAAUCUAAAUGUGAUUGUCAAUCCUCCACGCAGUUGGUCCAAACCUCACAGCUUCUUUACCCUAGAACAUGAGGUUCAAUAUCAGAGCAUACAUGAUGGCAAGUGUGAGAGCUCCAACGGUACCUCACCCUUCCAGAUACCCAAGGCGAUCACCAAACUGAGGGUUCGGUCCCGGGACCUGUUGGUGAAGUCGGCCUGGAGCCAGUGGAGUGCCUGGGUAAAUGUAAUAACACCGGUCGAAGACGGAAAAGUGAAAGAUUGCAAAUCUUAGAAGACAGCGAUAUGUUGGUAUCCAUGGAUGAAUACAUGAACUGUUUUCACUGAAUGAGAAUCAGUGCCUAGCAACCUAUUAUUAUUAUCAUUAUUAUUACAGUAUUUUUAAACUUUGAACAUUCAAAAAAUGACCUGUCCGUAUAAAUUAAUUGGAAAAUGUUUGUAUAAUAUUUGUGGGUAUGUUCAUUAAACCAUCAUUAACGUAAUG